AUGAGAGAUCGUUCAUCCUCUGAAGAUAAUAAUUAUGCUAAAAUAUCAUCCAACAAGAAACACAUUUAAGAUCAAAAGAACAAUAAAACUAACUAUACUUUUGAAGAUGGGCAGUAUUUUUUUGAAGUAAUUUUUAUUUUUUACUUAAAUUUAAGUUAACUUCUUUAAAAAAAGUUUCUAUUUCAAAGUUUAAAGGUAAUGUGAUGGUUAGUAUAAGAGAGUUCUUUAAUAAAGAUGGAUAAUCAUUGCCAACCAAAAAAGGUAUUACUUUGCAACUUGAUAAUUGGGUAAAAUUUAAGCAAUAUAUUGGUGAAAUUGAUGAAUGUAUAAAUAAAUUAAGUAAAUGAGAA